CUGCUCCGCAAACCCUGGCCCGCCAUGGCCCAGGAGCAUCCCGCCCGCGUCCUGGACCCCGAGGACGUCCGGCGGCUGCUGUGUUGCUCGCAGGAGGCCAAGAGGUCCGAGUACUGUCCCUACAGCCACUUCCCCGCGGGGGCCGCCCUGCUCACCUGGGACGGGAAGGUCUUCUCCGGGUGCAACAUAGAAAAUGCCUGCUACCCGCUGGGCAUCUGUGCUGAGCGGACCGCUAUCCAGAAGGCCAUCUCAGAAGGAUACAAGGAUUUCAGGGCAAUUGCUAUUGCCAGUGACUUGCAAGAUGAUUUCAUCCCACUGUGUGGGGCCUGCAGGCAAGUCAUGAGAGAGUUUGGCUCCAGCUGGGCUGUCUACAUGACCAAGCAGGAUGGCACCUAUGUUGUCAGGACAGUCUAGGAGCUGCUGCCUGCCUCCUUUGGGCCUGAGGACCUGCAGAAGAUCCAGUGAAGGAUGGAGAACGCCCACCGCCUGGGAGAGCCUGGCUUCCCACAAUGCUUCAGGAGGCAGGCGAGGGGAUGCCUCGUGAAGACCUUCUCACGGACCUGAGGCGCCUGCCGAAUGGGCUUCGAGCCCACAGGGCUGGGCAGAGAUGACUUUUGCGAAUGAUCCUCAAGUCUUUUACUGAAAUGACAGAGGGUCUCACACCAGCCUGGGUCAUGGCUCCACCCUGUAGCCCACCUGCCACCCAGACCAGAGAAACCCAUGCCUUCCCCUCCUUCCUGUGGGCCCUCUUUAAAAUCCAGACCAAAUACCAAAACCAGUUUGGCUCAGUGGAUAGAGCGUCAGCCUGCGUACUGAAGGGUCUGGGUUCGAUUCCGGUCAAGGAUAUGUACCUUGGUUGUGGGCACAUCCCCAGCAGGGGGCAUACAGGAGGCAG